AACGCGCAAUGCCAUACCUCACGGCCACAUUUGCACUUGAAAAAAACCCAGCGCCGUUAGAAGCGACCCACCUGACAUUCCCCCCUCCCCCUUGUCUUGCUUCCAUCAAUAAUCCCCUUCUACACAAAUAUUUUCCACCUUCCUACUUCAACACAUACGCUACUUCUGUCCUUCAGAAAACUUCUGCUCAAGUUAACUCGAAGUCUAUUCAAGCCAACACACUCCUUCUACUCUUAACUUCGCUUCAUCAUGUCCUACGGUGGUCAUUACGGAGGAGGAGGUAGCUCAAGCGGCUAUGGAGGUGGAUAUUCUGGCGGCUAUGGUGGAGGUGGUGGUGGUGGUGGAGGCUACGGCGGCGGCGGAGGCUACGGCGGCGGGGGUGGUGGUGGAGGCGACCGAAUGUCAGGCCUCGGCAGUGGCUUGGGACGCCCUAAAUGGGACAACUCAACCUUGACCAAGUUCGAGAAAAACUUCUACGUUGAAGACCCUCGAAUUACUUCUCGUUCCGAGCGUGACAUCAAUCAAUUUCGCGCCGAGAAAGAGAUUCAGGUGUUUGGCAAAAACAUCCCCAAGCCCAUCUCGAAUUUCAGCGAGGCUGGAUUCCCAGACUACAUCAUGAGUGAGAUUCGCAACGCCGGGUUCAACGCUCCAAGCCCUAUUCAAUGCCAAGCUUGGCCUAUGGCCCUCAGUGGUCGCGAUGUAGUGGCUGUCAGUGCCACUGGAUCGGGUAAGACUAUCGCGUUUUCGAUCCCGGCCAUGAUUCACAUCAAUGCCCAACCUCUUCUAGCACCGGGCGACGGGCCCAUCGUUUUGAUUCUUGCCCCGACUCGUGAGCUGGCCGUGCAAAUUCAAGGCGAAUGUACCAAGUUCGGCGCCUCGUCCCGCAUUCGCAACACGUGUGUUUACGGAGGUGUUCCCAAAGGUCAACAGAUCCGUGACCUCACUCGCGGAGCCGAGAUUGUCAUCGCUACUCCUGGUCGUCUGAUCGAUAUGCUCGAGAGUCGCAAAACAAACUUGCAUCGAGUCACUUAUCUUGUCAUGGACGAGGCGGACCGAAUGCUCGACAUGGGUUUCGAGCCUCAGAUCAAGAAGAUCGUUGAACAAAUUCGACCCGAUCGACAGACCUUGAUGUUUUCAGCUACUUGGCCCAAGGAGGUCCAACGAUUGGCUAGUGAAUAUCUGAAGGAUUUCAUUCAAGUCAACGUUGGAAGUCUAGAUCUUACUGCCAACAUCAACAUCACUCAAAUUGUAGAGGUGUGCAGUGAUUUCGAGAAGAGAGGCAAACUGAUCAAGCAUCUCGAGAAAAUCUCGUCGGAAUCCGCCAAAGUACUCAUCUUUGUCGGAACAAAGCGAGUUGCCGACGAUCUGACGAAAUAUCUGCGUCAAGAUGGAUGGCCGUCACUUGCGAUUCAUGGUGACAAGCAACAGCAAGAACGUGAUUGGGUACUCGAGGAGUUCAAGAGCGGCCGAAGUCCUAUCAUGAUCGCCACCGAUGUCGCUUCGCGUGGUCUAGACGUCAAAGACAUCGCUUAUGUCAUCAAUUAUGACAUGCCCAACGGCAUUGAAGACUACAUUCAUCGUAUCGGUCGAACCGGGCGUGCUGGGCGUACAGGUACUGCCUACAGCUAUAUCAGUGCUGAUCAGAGCAAGCUGGCCAGGGAAUUGGUCAAGAUUCUUAGAGACGCCAAGCAAAUAGUCCCGUCAGCAUUGGUAGAAAUGGCAUCCAUCGGAGGAGGCGGUGGUGGUGGACGCCGAGGAGGUGGUGGCUAUGGUGGUGGCCGUGGUGGAGGCGGUGGUGGUGGCAGAUACGGCGGAGGAGGUUCGGGUGCGAACUCUUACGGUAUGGGACGCGGAGGUGGGGGUGGUGGUGGUGGUGGUUCGCGGUGGUAGUUAACGUGCUUUGGACAAAACAACUCACCGAUCUUUCUUACGUCUCUUCAACACCGCGAACCGUCGCUUCCCUCACCUCUCGCUUCUUAUUUUUCUAAACAUUGUAAGAUGAAGCAGCUUAUUCCGAACUCUGUAUCUCAAUCGCUGCCCGAGUUUGAUCCACGAUUCACGAACUUCCAUUAUCAUUCCUGAGGGAUUUUGUCGCUUUAUGAUUUCCUACUUUGUGCACUCUCUAACCAAACUGUGAUUCAACUUCCUCCAAAAGUGGUAAUCAACCUAAACCACAUCCUAACACACCACAUUAUUUCGUGUCCGGUCCCAAGUAUAGUGACACAAACCACUGCACCUACGUUCAUCUUUCCUUGUGCUUGUUUUUCUGCUCAAGUGAUCGUCACCCAAACAUGUAUGGCAUCUCCCACACAGCAAGAUUUCCAUACGGUGGUUCAGCCAAAUGGCCCAAGGUCAGCAA